AUGAAGCUGCGGAUGCAGCACGCCAGAGAUUUCAACUUUUUCGCUUACACGUACACUGAGCCCACAACUCACAACGUUGCCCGAGGGGCGCGUCGAACGCGCAACAUUGAUGAGUUCGUUGAACGUUCCUUUCACCUGCCCACGCGAAUUGUAUUAGACGAAACCUUUAUACCGUUUAGCUGGACAUCACUAGGGGAAGAACAUGCCUUAACCAACACAGGAAGAGUGCGUCCAACGACACUAGAGGAAGCUAUGGAGCUUUACCAGAUUGGUCGGUUUUUAGAGAUUGAUAUUUUGGCGCAAGGCUGUGAGGAUUUAAUACUGAUGUCCCUUGGUACUUUACCAACAAUUUUAAAGUGGGGUUGCCAACCCCAUGGCUCCGCGUGGGUGUUUAGACAAGCAUGUCAGUACCUACGAGAAGAAUUUACCGUUAUUAGCACCUCACCUGUCCUGCACCAACUAGAUAAAAAGCAACUGUUACAUGUUCUGCAGAGUAAUUUUUUACAAGCUUCUGAGCUAGAGAUUCUGCAGGCUGUUCUUAAAUGGGGAGAACAGGAGCUCAUUCGCCGUAUGGAAGAUCGUGAACCAAACUUGUUGUCACACACAGCUCACUCAGUUGCUCGCAAGGGCGUAAAAAAACGUGAUUUGAGUGAUGUAGAGCUGCGAGACAUCAUCGCAGAAUUAUUGCCUUUAGUGCGCAUAGACCAUGUUUUACCACCACAUAGUGAGAUACUCGGCCAAGCAACUCGUCGAGGUCUUGUCAGCACGCCACUUUCACAUAUGAUUGGAGAUGAACGAGAAAAUUUACGUAUCAAUGCCUGGAUACGUAGUGGUAGUAAUCAGGGACUCUUUGUAACACCACGUCUCUUUAUGCCGUAUUUUGAGGAAGUAAAGGCCUUUUUGAAGGAUCGAUUAUCUUCAUCUCACGACCAGGUGGAACUAAUGCGUAUGCGUAGGUCACGACACCCGCCAGAUAUUCCUGAUACCUUGUAUAUGGUGUCCCACAUGAAUGCAGCGGCUAAUAAUGGACUUUGUAGUGUUGUUAAUCAUGGUGCUAUUCAUGAAAAUAUUGACAUGAUGGUAGGGUCGGCUGUUAUACCAGCACCGGAUAACCAAACUUUAUUGGCAAUGCGUAAACGCGAAAAUAAACUUCGCCGGUCACCUAUGUGCCAGCGUGCAUUGCUACUGCCACUUUCAUCAGAACAUGAAAUUGAACGACAAAUUCGGCUUCGGGUCGUGAGAGAGUUUAACCUCCUUGAUGAAGUAUCAGCCAGAAAAGUGAUGCUGUUCACAAAGAAAAUCCGUGUGGUUGCGUCCACUGCUCAAAGCGAAGACAAUUUGCUUGAAGAUGAAGAUCAAAGCCCACCGCCAUCACCAGCGGCUACUGGCUCAGUUCCGCAAAACACAACCGUUGGAUCUUCUUUUUUAUCGUCCUCGUCAAUGGGAUCGUCAGCAUCAUCAAUCUGUGGCACCGGUGGAGUACACCCCUAUUAUAGCCAAAAUCUCACUUUUCCGCGUCACCAAACAAAUGGUCUUUUUGGUGUAGCCAGUAUUUUAGCAACCAACUCUGGUCCUGCGCUUCAGUGUAGCUAUGCACGUAUUUCAGCGUCAGCGCGUCCACGAAAUGAACUGCCGGCGUUAAUAACUGAAGGGGACUUUCGAUUUUCGCAUGGAAAUAGCUUUGGCUUGGAUAUGAGUGUUGAGAAUGACGCAUGUGCUUUGGACUCUGGAAAUAGUCAUCUUUCAGAUAUGAUGCCGGAUGUGGCUAUGGCCACCGCAUCGUUAGGUCAGCUUCAUUUGUCGAAUAAUACUGGAAAUACUAGCGGCCGUAGCGUCGGCAGCAAUAACGACAUGCCAGAAAGUUUACAAUUAGAUUUGGGGGAUGGUCCAAGCCCUCGCGUAGUUGGAAACGUUCCAAGUGCACUGACCUUGCGAAGUAUACACCACGCUCUGCCACAAAGCAACUAUCACCGCUUCGUGCAGCGCUCUAGUUCGCCAUUUGAUAUAAUGCGUCAUGGACAGUUAUCGCCCACAUCACACCCUCCAAAUCCUGGGUCAUUCAACUCUGGACCACCAAGGUUUUUAUAG